CUCGUUAGGUUUGCCAAACCAACCGCCCUAAGGGCCCCUUUAGGGAAAAAGAAGAAAAAAAAAAUUCUCUCUCUUUCUAGCUCUCUCUCUCUCUAGCUCAUCAAUGGCGACCUCUUCCUCUAGAACCAGAUCAAGCGGACCAGUCCUGCGCUCACUCUCACCUUCAGGCAGGUUCUGUUCCUCUACCACAUCAAACUCUUCCUUUGCUUCUUCUACAUCAGCCUUUGCUUCUAGUUUCUCAUCUCCAUCUUCCAGUUUUUUCCACCAUGAUCUUCACCAUCAAAGCCAUCUUCACCAAAGCCAUUACCAGUACCACCAUGACAACCACGACCACCACCACAAUCAUCAUCAUCAACAUCAGCGUUCGGCUUCUCCGACACGUGUCAACCUCUACACCUCGCCGUCUCUCUCCCCCGCUGUCCGUUUCUCCAUCGACCACCGCUCGAUUUCUCCGAAUCGCAACCAGGUCCUCAAAAGCCACCAGACCAGAGCCAUCCCAGCCCCGAAGAAGACGUGUAUGUGUUCGCCUACGUCGCAUCCAGGCUCAUUUCGGUGCAGCCUCCACAAGAACUCGGGUCACGACAACGGAAGCCACCACAACGCGCCGUUUUCGCAGAAUCGGCUCAACAUGCGUAGAUCUGCGAUGAAGAACUCACUGGUUCGAAUCGGAGGCGUGGAAGGAGAGUGGGUGAAGAGAGCCUUGACGGCUCUGAUCCGUCCAUCCUCGCAUCAGCUUCGCCGGCGAGCCAACUUUGAGCCCACUCCGAGCCGACUCUGCGUCAUGUCCAAGGCCGACGAUCUCUGAUUUGGUUCGCACAGGUUGGUUCUUGUUUUUCCGGUCUUCUUUGAAUUUUCUGGUAUCAGAUUCCGGCGAGUGAGUCAGAAUCAGAUCCAGGAUUUUGCUAGCGUGAAGAAAGCGACAAGAGUUUGAACGCCGUAGUUGUAAGGCGAGUUGCUGAGUCAACUCGGAGGCAUUCUGAGGAAAAUAGAACCGAGUUUGCCGCGCGGGACUGAGCCGACUCGGUGGCGAGUUUUUGUACGCACCGAUGAUUCUUUUUUGAAGAUAGAAUAUUCCUCCUUUGUACAUGUCAUUUGCUAUGGAAGCAGAGUUAUUUUGGACACCAAAUUUCACCUAACAGAAGAGAAACAGAACCAAAAUUAAAAUAAUUAAUUACUCAAUUUAAUUAAAGAUUAAUUUGAAAUCACAUUUCUGAGACUC